AAGGUCAAGUUCGAUCCUGAACAUACUGAAAUUUUGGUUAACAGGAUACUUAAAAAUCCUGUAGAAUAGUAUCCAAUUGAGUAUCUCUGAUCAGUAUCUUCAAGUACCUAUUAACUGAAUAUUUUUUACGAGAGAACCCGAUAAGGUACUUUAGUACUCAACAGAUCCUGUGACAUACUAGUAUCAUAGUACUUUUUUGAUUACCCUUAACUUAGUAGAUUCACUAGGGUAAUUAUUCUCUUUAUAUCAAAUAAUAUAAAUUGAAAAACAAUGAAUUAUUUCAGUGAAAUUUAAUUUUAGUAUAGUUUAACAACAAUAUUUAAGAAAAAAUAAAAAUAAAAAUAAAAAUAAAGUUAAAUUAUUUUUGUUAUAUAUAAUAUAAUAAGAGUUUUAUAGAAGAAUUAUAUUUUAUUAGAUUUAUUUAUUUCGAUAGAAUUCAUAUAAAUAUAUUUUUUAUCAGUGAUCAUAGAUUAUUAUUAAAUAAAAAAAUUUUUUUUUUUUUCUUAAUAGGUUAAGAAAAAAGGUUUAAUUGAUAAAAAAAAACGUCAUCGAAAAGAAAAUAUUAAUAAUAAAUUAAAAACAAUUUCAAUUAAUUUAAAUGAAAAUUCCAAAUCAAAUUCUUUAUCAUCAACAAAUGUUGAUUUUAUUGAUCGAUAUAAUUGUCGAUAUAAUCAAUUAUAUGAUAAUUUAUCUAAUCGAACACCAGCAUCAUUAUGUCCAUCAAUAGGUGAUGCACCAGCUGCUAGUCCAGAACAAUCUGAUAUAUUAGAUUCAAUUCAUACAACUAAUCAUCAUUUUGAUAUUAUUGAUCAAAUUCAACAUUCUUCAUCAUUUAAUUAUGAUCCUGAUAAUAGUUCAAUACCAUCGAUUUUAAUUAAUAAUUUAUCAAUUAAACAAACAAUUAAAUCAAAUUAUUUAAAUUUAGAAAAUCAAGAUAAAUAUUUACAAGAAAAUUUAUC